AUGGGAGGAGCAGAUGGCCCGGACACCCCCACCAUUUCCCCCUCAGACUCCUACUGUCAUCCAGGCACAAACCUCAGUCUCUCCUGCCACACGACCUCUAACCCACCUGCACAGUAUUUUUGGACGAUUUAUGGGAGGAAUAAAGCCACAGGUUUUGCUGAUUGCUGCCUGGCCCACCUUGGGGUCCUCACCUGGAAUGGGCAGCUGCUGGACCCUUUUCAGCUUCAGUCCUACUUUGCCCCCCUAGGUUUUCUUCUCUGCCGCCCUCUGGUGGACAGGGAGGGAAGUCUCCACACAACCUCUAACCCACCUGCACAGUAUUUUUGGACGAUUUAUGGGAGGAUCUAUCGACAAACACAAGAGAUCUGUAUCCCCCAAAUCACUGCAAAGGAUAACGGGCUCUAUGGUUGUUUUGCUCAGAACCUAGCCACUUGCAAGAGAAGUUCCAUAUUCAAGACUAUCACAGUCCCGG